AUGCAAGCAUUCCGGUUGGCACGGCCAAAAGCCUUUAAGGUUACCAUCCCCAAAUAUACUCUUACGAAAUACUGUUACUCCACAAGAUCAAGAAACAUCAAUGACUCUCCAAGUUUCAAGAAAAUUGCACUGGUUGGUGUAAUUGGUACAGUAAUUUUUGUUCAGGCUGUAAAAUCCCUCGAUAAGAGUAAGCCAAAGAACACGUAUUCCGAGGAGGAAUUUGAAAAUGUCAUGAUGGGUUUAAGGAGACGCGUUGCGCUCUUUCCUGCGGGCCAGCUCAAGCUAACCUUUAUCGCUCCCGGCGUGUCUAUGAAAAAAGUGGCGAUUGAGAAAGAUGCCAAAUUGAUCAGUCCCAGAGAAGUUGUAGAAUAUUACAGAUCAUUGCCUAAUGACAAAUAUCAAGCUCUUUUGGAAGAUAUAAGGUCCAGUCACGAUCCAGAAACAUAUUUCUAUGACCUCCCCAAAGGCCUCCUAGUUAUGCUGAUUGGUAGGUACAUGAAGGAGAACUGCAAAACCGGCGAUGCUGUCUACAUUGUCGACUUUCCGAAGGACAUACAAGACGCCAUCAAAUUUGAAAACGAAGUGUGUGUGGUUGAUAAGCUUUAUGUCGGAAAAACAGGUGAAAAUACGGAUCUGGCCAAAUACUACCAAACUGUAAAUAAAGUAGAAUCGGUGUAG